UUUUAAUAUUUUGGCCAAAAAUUAGAUAAAAUAUAACAGUAGAAGCUGUGUAUCACGUUCUUUGUGGUAUAAAUACGUGUUUUGCUGUAGUUAGCGAUCGUUUGUUCCGCAGAGAUGAUGUUUAAGUGACAUGAAGUUUCUUGAGAGCAAAUCAAUAUGGCACUCAAGCUCGGAAAAUGCAGGCUUUGCCUCAAGCUUGGCGUUUACUCCAUCUUCACGGUCGACAAUGCCUUGCAACUUGCGGAGAUGGCAAUGGAAUGCGCCCGGGUGAAAAUAUAUGAUGGCGAUGGGCUGCCAGACAAAGUGUGUUCAGAGUGCAUUCAGAAACUAAGCAGCGCCUACAUCUUCAAGCAGCAGUGCGAGCGAGCUGACCAGGAGCUACGCCGCAACUAUGUACCACCACCAGGAUUUAGCAUCCGGUCUGCCAGUCCAACACCUCCAAACCGACAAAGCAGUGAUUCCGCCUUCUCCAAUCAUACCGACACCUCCAACUUGACCAAAGCUCCAUCUCACCGAGGAAAAGUGACACCUGCUGCUAGAUCAAGGAAGCGUAGCAUGGACAGCAUCGGAAAUGCAUCUACUGGGGCUUCCAGCGACUACAGACCUAGCGGCUCCAAACGCGUCGAAGAACUCAGAAGGAGUUACAAAAGACCGAGAAAACUGUCGGGCCACAUAUCGCAAUUAGACUCCGAUUACGAUGACAAUAGCGCCCCGUACUUACCAGAAACUGAUUCCGACGAGCCUUUACUUAAAAGUAACUACAAAUGCAACUACUGCCCCAAACAAUUUCCAUCUGCAAGAAGUCUCAUUAAUCACAAGAGAAUACACGAAAAAAAAGAAACACUCGGCCAAAACGCCGUCGUCGAUAUACCCCAAGACAGCGGCGAUGCUACAGACGUAGAAGAUAAACUAAACUGCGACAAAUGUGGCAAGACGUUCAAAUUGAAGAUCAUGUUGAAGCGUCACCAGGAAAUAUGUGCUAAGGCGACCAGUCCCGUCAAGCCUCAACAGAAGGAGUUGCUCAUUUCACUAGAGCCGAUCGAUGGCAUGACCAAUCGGAACAUAGUGUGUGAACUGUGCAAUGCCAAAUUCAAGGCCGUUGAUAAUUUGGCAAAGCACAUGAAGGUAGUUCACGCUGCGGUAUUGAAAAGAGAAAAGCGGGAGAACGGAAAGGUUGCAGUGCCGUGUCUGUUCUGUCAGAAGUCAUUCGAUGACUAUUACGUCCACAGUGCGCAUUUCAACUCGUGUGCCAAUAGGGACGACAGUGUACCGUUUGAGUGUCCAAUAUGCAAAAAGCUAACAUCGAGGAAGACUUCGUACUUCCAACACCUUAAGAACAUGCACUUCGAGCCUCGCAUGUCGCACGAGCGGGCGGCCGUGGAGCCGCCGACGCAGGAGUACCACGAGUGCAGGAUGUGCUACAAGAAGCUCGCCUCGCAGGAGCUGCUCAUCACGCACCUGGCGGCGCACGUGUCCAACAUCGACGAUAAUGACGCCGCUGCUGACAACGACUCCAGCACCAUGGACGAUUCUGCAUCUAUCCAGUCAGUACCAAGUCAAUCUCAUACCCCACUCGACUACUAAAAUGCAAAACAUGCCAAAAGAGUUUAAAUAUAAAGGUCUCUGGAGACUCACGAGGCGCGGUGUCACUCUGAAGUACCUGUAGAAGUGAAGGUGGAACCGCCCGAUAAGCCGUCGACGAGCCUACUGAGCGAGACAGUAUACCGCCAAACAGAGUCAGAUUCUAGUCAAGAAGAGGAGGAUAACACGUGUGAUAUCUGCGAGAAGCAGUUCUCGUACCGCAGACUACUGCUGCACCACAAGCGCACCAAGCACAACAUGAGCUCGGGGCACAAGCGCGCCAAGAUCUACCUGAAGGACUGCUCCGUGCGCUGCCUCAUCUGCGACCUCGACAUGAAGGUGGCGGGCAUCAACGAGCACAACCAGAUGCACACCUCCAAGAACAUGAAGCCGCGCAACAUCUACACCUGCGCCGAGUGCGGGGACACCUUCAAGAGCUGCGUCGCGCUCGCCAACCAUAUCAAACUCAUACACAGGCUCAAACAGAAGCGGGUAGAAGAGACCGUUAACCCGUCGGAUUUUUGUGAAGUCGUUGUGGCAAAAGCGGAACCCCUGGACUGGAUCCAGAGUCACAACGACUUUGGUGAGGUUCCGGGCGCAGAGAGCAAGCCGCUAGUCGACCUGAGCGGUUUCACCUGUCCCAUCUGCGGCAAGAAAAUGGCCACCCUCAUAUCUCUGAAGAGGCACGUCAACUGGCACACCAAUGUUGGUAACAAUAUUGAAAAGAAGUACCAGUGCUCCGUCUGCAAUGAGGCGUUCAAAUUCCAGUGUCACUACAAGAUCCACAUGCGUGAGCACUACCACGACACGAACCUGGACCCGAAGCACCUGACGUGCACCAUCUGCGGACGGCGCAGCAAGCACCUCCGCGCCGCGCAGGCGCACAUGAACUUCCACAAGCAGACGCGCUUCCAGACCAAAGACUACCAGUGCUCCAUCUGCGAGCGCGUCUUCCAGCACCGCAAGGUCUACCUCUCGCACAUGGCCAUACACUACAAGAAGGGCGACAGCGUCCAGAACACGGUGGUGGGCGACGCGCUGCCCAGCAACGUCGACACAAGUACGACGGCACCCACCUGCCGGCACUGCGGCAAAGUGUGCGACUCAGAGAACUCCCUCAAACAUCACUUAAUCUGGCACAACUCUAAAACGUUCCUGUAUGGUGCCCGGCACGAGUGCAGCAUCUGCAAAGUCAAGUUCACUAACAAAAGACGACUCGAAAUCCACAUCAGAUCACACUACGAAGACGAAAACGGCCCCUACAAGUGCACCAUUUGCGGCAAGGGCUACACUGACGAAGGCUAUUUCCAAAAACACGUGAAGGGACACAACUUCGAUCACCAGUCCCACAAAAGAGAAUAGAAAAUCCGCAAGGAUAAAGUCAAGUGUCCAAUUUGCACACGGUAUUAUCCAGACUUGGUGAAACUUAUCCGUCACUUGAGGCGGACACAUCCUGAAAGUAAGAUGAUCAAAGCCGACCCUGACGCUCCACCACAAUCGUACUUUUCGUGUAAAUUAUGCGCCAAAGUAUUUCUGGACGAAAGACGGCUACAGUCACACGAGGAAGCUCACCUUAGGAAACCAGAGUUCUUUAAAUGCAAGUUCUGUGGCAAGAAGACGAUAUCGCUGAGGAGUCAUCGCAUGCACAUAAAGAGUCACUUGGCGCAGAAACAUUUCGAGACUCCGCUGAAGUGUCCGCACUGUGACGAGACAUUCGUGAAGGGCUACGGCCUGCACCACCACCUGCGCGACGCACACAACAUCGACGAGAACUGGAUCGCCGACCGCUCCGACCAGCCGCUCACCGGACCGCUCAAAGAGCUUCAGUGCUCCAUAUGCAUGAAGGUCCUCGCCAGCAAAGGGAACUAUGAGCGACACAUUGAUUACCACAACUCCCUGAGGUGUAACUACUGUUUCGAUUACUUCAGCUCGCUCAGAUUCCUCGAAGGGCAUUUAGCAUUCUCCUGCGAGAAGAAGCUCUUAGGGGACACAGAAGUUUACCCCAAGAGAGUAAAAUGCAAUAUUUGUUACAAAGCAUUCCAUGUUCAAGUGAAACUAGACUGUCAUCUGCGCACGCAACACGGCAUUAUAGUCAAUAGAGAAGCGUCCGCGGGCAAGCAAGAAAUUGUCUGUGACUACUGCUUCAGAGUUUUCGAAAACGAGUAUGCUCUAAACACGCAUAAAAUCUACCACCGAACUGUUGGAUACUACGGAUGUAUUUACUGCAGUAAAAAGUUCAGCACGUUGGUUUUGUAUCGGAAACAUAAGAACCACCACUUAGCACAGUUGAACGUGGAUAAUCCGACCAAGUGCGAACAUUGUGAUGAGACGUUCGUCGCCUUCCGAGAUAUGAUAACCCACAUGCGAGAGGAGCACGGAGAUGACAAGGAGUGGUUCACCGAGCCCCGCGAGUCUAUCGAGGAGACCUGCCCGAUAUGCAACAAGCGAUUCUACAACCUGCACAGACAUUUGGCUUACCAUGAAGAAAAUAAGUGCAAGAAGUGCAGUGAGUAUUUCUACUCCAGGGUGGAUUACGAUAACCAUCUUUGUGCCAUAGAGAGUGAUGACGAAGGCACGGGAUAUGUAGUAAGCGAAGAUACUUUCAAAUAUGAGGAGUGCAAGUUCUGCUUCAAACCUAUCACCAAGAAGAGUACUAAACGGUUACACAACCAGAUACACAAGGGAUCCGGCUCUAUAUCUUGUAGGUUCUGCACUCUCAAGUUUAAAACUAUGGACGCCUUUAACAUACACGCAUUUUCUCAUCGAAGCAGAAAAUACACUAAGAAACCGAUAAAAUGCCGAAAGUGUGGCGAGAAGUUUAUUAAAUACGGACCAUUUAUGAAGCACAUGAAACUAGUUCACAAAUGUGUGAAGAAGAUGCACUACAGGGCAGUUGUGAAGCCAGACAAGUGUGUUGUAUGUGGCGACGAUUUCCCCAAUCUGCACAACCACUACCGCGCUCACCUGCUGAACCAGUGCCAGGGCUGCCGCAAGUACUUCACGUCCUUCAAGGUGAUCUCUGCGCACGAGUGCGGCAAGGAGGACAUCGACCCCUCUAAAGUGUUCACGUGUGACGCCAACCUGAACCAGCUCAUCAACACGUAUGUCCCUACUGACGAGAAAGAUGAUGAGAAGUUCUACGGCCACACCGAUGACGAAGACGAAGAAGAUGAUAUUAAUCCGCUAGUGUAUGACGAGGAGAGUCAGGAAAGUAAGGACAUACCCAUGAUCCAGUCGCCGAUUAUAUCUGAUGUACUUUCGCUGUUCAAGUCGGAGACAAAUGGCUUGGACGUGCUGGGUGAUAAGGCCGACCACGUGGUCAAUAUUACUGAUGAUGACUCGGUCGACGUCGAUGAUUCUCUUGUACCAGUCGUUGUCGUCAUCGAUGAUGAUUAAAAACAUUUCAAUCAUCGAUAUUAUUAUGUGUGCUAUUUUACAAAACAAUUCCUAAUAAAUGCUGGUCGAAUAAAUGCACGCGACUAGCCGAGAAAAUACAGUUUAUUGCAAAAAAAAGGAUAUGUAACUAUAAAUGUACUGUAGAAAAAUAUGUUUCAAAUCCAUCAUAGAUGAUGGGGUAGUAUUUAAAGAUACAUAUUUCUUAAAAUAAAAGUGAAAUUGAUAGAAAAUUGUGACCUAUCGGUAUAUUCUUCGUUCUGAUUGUGCAAAAUUAUAUUUUAGCUAAUAUAAUAUUAUUUCAUUGUACUACAUUUGUGUAGGCACUUUACUAAAAGUAAACAAUCUUGAUACAACUUUUUUACACAAAUGCAUAUUAAAUAAAUAAACUUUGUCCUGUUGAAAUAAUUGUUCGAUUGAUUUAAUAACUGUUAUUAUUGAGUUGAUUUUUAGCCGCAUUUUAUUUGUUAAUUGAGUUUUUAAUUAAAUAAAAAGUCAUGUCAAGAUUGUAGUAGAGUAUAGAUAUUUAAACAUGACAGUUUUUAUUUUCAUUGAUUAUUUAGACUGUUAUAUUACAAUGGUGCAUCUGAAUAUUAUAUUUUUUUUAAAGAGGAAAAGUUACAUACACCAAAGACGAUAUUUUGACAAAAGUGCAUUUUCUUUGUCUGCGAGGUUGCCAUUGGUGUUAGUCUGGUAUAUUUUGAAAUUAAUACGUUCUUUCAGACUGUCAUAAUAUAUUAUAUGAAAGGCCUUUGCAGACGGAAAGAAGUUCUCGACAAACUUUGUUGACUAGCUCGACGCGGAUCGUCUCAUAAAAAGUUAAAAUAAAAUAAAGGCUUAAAGGUCUAACUUUAUGUUGAUGGUUAUAGUUUUCGCCAAACUUUAUGGCGCCUCUGGACUAUUUUUACUAGCGAGAAUUAUGACCUUUGAUGCUGUGGUAUGGUGACUUGUAUGUGAAAUUUGUGAUUAUGGUAUGUUUAUAAAUGUUAUGAUCAUUAAAGCAAUUAGAAUAUUGUAAAGAUUUGAUAAAUUCUUGUUUUUGCAUAUUUAUGGUGAGUUGCACUAUUUAACUAUAGCCAAACUAAAGCAUAACUAGCAGUAUACUUGCCGCGAUUUGACAACUGAUCGUGGUUCCUUUAUCGUUAUGUUAUAGUUAAGGGGUGUAAACCCAUGGUUAAUGUGUGAAACAGCUGGUAUAGCACAAUGUAGAAAGAAAUUAUUAUGAGGUAGCAUGCAGUAUCCUUUCACAUUUUGAUUUUGCACUAAAGAAGAAAGAAGUUUCUUUCUCACCAGUGUCAAUGAUAGGUAUCACAGAAAGUGAAAAGUAUUUCUAAAUAGUUUAGUAUUUGUACAAGUAUGUAUGAUGAAAAGGUUUUAUAUAAGUUUUGAUUAUCAAACAGAAUCGUUUUUAAACGGUUUUAUUUAGCUCACCCCGUUUGUUUUAUUUUAUUAUUAUUUUUCGUGCCAUUUGAUGUUCUUUUAUGUUCUUAGGGCGUGUCUUGACUAGCUUCGUUUUUGUGCAAUAUGUGGCUAUAAAACAGCUCCCGGCAAGCCAUUGCAGACAUAUUGCAAUGCAUGGUUUAGCUAUAGAUUGCUCAGACGUCAGUGGCUAAUAAAUAUUUUUGCAAUAUUCGGCGAUUUUUUUGCCAACAUUGCAGCCACAUAGUGCACAGAAAUGUAGCCCGUCAAGAAGCGCCCUUAUGAAAAUUUGAAUUGCAUUGUAAAUAAAUGAAAGCUUUUCACAACUACUGGAGAUGAGAAUGAGUCUCAUUACUUAAUAUUCGUCUGUAGUCUUCAAACUUGUAUGUAUUUUAGUUGGUAGAUUAGGAACUAUUGUACAAAAUGCUUUGAAUAUCUAUUUAAAAUAGCUUAAGAGUAUUUGUGCAGUUUCGUUCUAUGAUAAAUAUUGUUCGGAUUGACAUGUACAGUUUGUGGCAAAAACUUUGCAAUUCUAAAGUUAGCCAUGUGACGCUCCGCUCGUGCUUUUCUUGUUCAAAUUUUUUUCCUUGUGUGAAGUAUAUUAGCCAACUUCGGACAAGGAAACCUUCGAGACAAUAUCUGAACGAACAACAAAUGCGCAAGGAGUCAAGUGGCUAACUUCAGAAUAGCAAAGUUACAUGGCGCGAACGUAAUACAAGUUUUAUAGUACUGUAUAGUUAAAUAGGUAGCUUAAUUCCGAACUAUACCUGUGAUUUUUUUUAAACUUGCCUGGAGAGAUUCCAUGCUCUCAAUAGUUCCCAUUAUAACCCUGUUAAAUGGCAGUUUUAGCAGUAAUUGUAGAAUGUUUUGUUUUUAUAUAAUCUGCUAUUUCGUAUUACAACUUAAAAUAGUUCGAAAUAGUAUAAAUUGGCAUUUUAAGUCUUUGUAUUAGCCAAAGGAGCGGGUGUUUGAAUUUUAGAUAGUAAUGUAAGUUAGAUACCUACCUGUUAAGGUCAGUCAACCUCUUUGAUCGUCUAGUUAUAAGAUAAAGUGUUUAUUCCAAUUAUGUUAAAAAGAAGUUACUUUUAUUUGCGGUUAAUUUUUUUAUUCUUUUUUUUCAAGUCUCGAAUUCUCUCUUGUUGUAUUUCUUUGUGAAAUGUAGAUUGAUGAUGGGCGAAAUAAAAAGAUCAUUGAAAUUUUAAUAA